CCUCCAUCUGUAUUUCACAAGGCAACUCAUAUACACAAAUCAGACCCAUCAUUCAUCAUCUAUCUCAACACUACUGGAUGAUCUGAAUAUGAAGAUGAAGAUGGAGCUGAUGUUGUUAAUGGUGGUCUCUGCUCUACUACUACUUGCAGCAGUUGUUCAUGGGCAGCAGACCUACGUAGCCAACAAGCAGCUCGACUGCUACAACGACUACAACUCCACCGGCGGCUACCUCUGCAACAGCGUCUCCUCCUCCUGCCAGUCCUACCUCACCUUCCGCUCCAUCGACCCUCUCUACAAUUCCCCCACCUCCAUCUCCUACCUCCUCGACUCCACCCCCUCCGCCAUCGCCUCCGCCAACAACAUCUCCGACGUCGACCCCAUCCCCGCCGACACCCCCGUCCUCGUCCCCGUCAACUGCUCCUGCUCCGGUAACUACUCCCAGCACAACUCCUCCUACACCCUCAAGACCGCCGCCGACACCUACUUCGGCGUCGCCAACAACACUUAUCAGGGACUCACCACCUGUCAGUCCCUCAUGCAUCAGAACUCUUACGGCGACCGCAACCUCACCAAGGGGCUAGUUUUACAAGUCCCUGUCAGAUGCGCAUGCCCCACCGCCGUCCAGGUCGCAGCCGGCGUCAACUACCUGCUCGUCUACCUUGUCGACUGGGGCGACUCUAUUGCGGCCAUCGCUGAACAAUUCGGAGUCGAUGAAUCGGCCUUGCUCGCGGCGAACGACUUGUCGUCCACAGACAUCAUCUAUCCCUUCACGCCGUUGCUGGUUCCUCUCAAGACCAAACCAACUCCUCAACAACUCCAGCUCCCAACCUCGCCUACUCCGUCUCCGUCUCCGCCGUCACCGCCGCCUCCGAGUGGCGGCUCUUCAAAUAACAAAAAGUGGGUCUUCAUCGGCGUUGGUGUUGGAGCUUCCUGUCUCCUCCUCCUGCUCAUCGUCCUCUUCUUCUUAUCAAAACGACGCCACCGUCAGCGCCGCCAAUCCACCAAACCCAACUUAAAGAGCUCCGGUGACUAUACGCCGAGCCCGCUGCUACCCAUCACCACCUCAAACUCCGACGACACCACGAAAUCAUGGUCGGCUUAUUCUUCUUCCAGCGGACUAAAAAGUGCGGUGGAGUCAUUGACGUCUUACAAAUUCGAGGACCUGCAGAAGGCCACCCAGUUCUUCAGCGAGUCCGGCAGAAUCAAUGGGUCCUCUGUUUACAGGGCCAACUUCGACGGCGACGAAGCCGCCGUCAAGGUGAUGAUAGGGGACGUGUCGCCGGAGGUGAACAUUCUCAAGCGGAUUAAUCACUCCAACAUUAUCAGACUCUCCGGCUUCUGUGUCCACAGAGGUAACACAUACUUGGUCUACGAGUUCGCACCGACUGGUUCACUAAUUGAUUGCCUUCAUAAGGGCGCCAUUAGUACUCUGUCAUGGAAACAGAGAGUUCAGAUUGCUAAUGAUGUGGCCAGUGCGCUCAACUAUCUACACAACUUCACAGAGCCUCCAUUAAUCCACAAGAACCUCAACACCAGCAACAUUCUUCUGGAUGCCAACUUGCGAGCCAAGGUUGCCAAUUUCGGUUUGGCAAGAGCAGUUGAGUUGGAUAAAGUAGAUGAAGAUGGAGGAGAGGGUUUUCAACAGACGAGGCACGUUGUGGGUACGAGGGGCUACAUGGCGCCGGAGUACAUUGAAGGUGGAGUGAUCACUCCGAAACUAGAUGUGUUUGGAUUUGGGGUUGUUUUGUUGGAGCUCUUGUCUGGAAGACCAGCCUCGGGUGAUAAAGGAGAGCACACAUUGCUGUGUGAAUCUAUUGCUGAGGUGCUUGAAGGAGAUGAUGUGAGGAACAAACUUAAAGGGUUUAUCGAUCCUUCAUUGAAAGGCGAGUACCCUUUGGAGCUGGCAUUUUCGAUGGCUCAGCUUGCAAAGAGCUGCGUUGCGCCUCAGUUGAACUCGAGACCUACCAUGGCUCAAGCUUCUGGCACACUAGCGAAGAUUCUUUCGUCGACUCUAGACUGGGAUCCAUCUGAUGCUGAGGACCUUAGUGAUUCAAGGACACUGAGUUUUGGCAGAUAGAAAGUCCUACUUCACAUUUGCCCAGCAUUGUAAGACGUAACUUUGUGUAUGAUUUUUACUGUAUACUCUCUUCUAUCAAUAAGAGAACAUUAGUUAGUAAUUCUUCUAUACUGAGUGGUUCAACAAGAAUUUCAUUAGAAAUUCC